AUGGAUAAAGUUAGAGAGAAGUUGAACAACUUGAAGUUGGAAGCCGAGUCGUGGCAAGAGAAGUACGAGGAGUUGAAGGAGAAGAACAAAGAAUUGGAGCAGGAGAAGACUGAUCUGGAGAACCAGGCCAAGGCUUUGACUGUCAAGAACCAGUCUCUUGAGGAGGAAGUUGAGAAGUUGGAGAGUGGUGCUGAUCAGUCCCGUGGCUUGGAACAGGAGAAGACUGAUCUGGAGAACCAGGUGAAGGCUCUGACUGUCAAGAACCAGACUUUGGAAGAAGAAGUCGAGAAGCUGGAAUCUGAGUUGUCUGAAUUGAAGCAAACCUCUGAGGAGUCCACUACUCUAAGGUCCAACAACGAGAACUUCACCAAGAAGAACCAGCAAUUGGAGGAGGAGCUUGAAGAGAGUGACGCCAAGUUGAAGGAAACUACGGAGAAGUUGAGAGAAUCUGACCUAAAGGUCGAUCAAUUGGAGAGAAGGGUCACUGCCUUGGAAGAAGAAAGAGACGAGGCCGAGAAGAAGAACGAAGAAUUGACCGCCAAGUACGAAGAAGCAAAGAAGGAAUUGGACGAGAUUGCCGCUUCCCUAGAAAACUUGUAA